CCACUCCAACCAUCCACUUUUCUCCCCUUUUUUUUUAUUUUUUCUUUUCUUUUCUUAUUUUCUUUUUCCCAUUUAUUAAUAAUUCCAACACAGCUGUGCCAACUUAAAAUGGAUCCUUCUUCCACCAACUCCGUGAACGGGUUCUACUCGUUCUUGACAAGAGGAAUUGACGAUCUAGAGAGAGUGUUCCUUAACACCAACUUCAUGUCAAUCCAAUUCCUCCAAAGGGCACUUACCCUUCUUCGAUCCUCACACACACAAUUGACCCUUUUGGUCCAAAAGCUCCAUCUACCAGUGGGUGAUAAGUGGCUCGAUGAGUACAUGGACGAAAGCUCAAAACUUUGGGAAGCAUGCCAUGUUCUAAAAUCUGGCAUUUCAGGAAUCGAAAACUACUACUCUGCAGCCUCAAACAUCACUUCCUCACUCGAUUCUCAUCGCCACAUCACACCCCAACUCUCACGCCAGCAGGUUAUAAGGGCCAUCACAGGGUGUCGCAGAGAAGCGGUGGGGUUGGAGGAAGAGAACAGGGCAUUGAUGGAAACGAGGAUUCAGCCUCUGUCAUUGCGGUUCGAGGAGAGGGUAUCGAUCGAGUCCAAGCUGAACGGGUUCAACGGGUUCAGAGGGGUGCUAUACGCAAUGAGGAACGUGAGUUCGUUGUUGCUGAUGAUAUUGCUAUAUGGGUUGGUGUAUUGUUGGGGAGAAUCCUCGGAUUUCGUUAUUGGGGGGUACGAGGGGUGCUUGUUCCUGGGAUCAGCGUUCAUGAUGUCCACAGCGAGGUUGCAGCAGCGGGUGGCGGCGGAGAUCGGAAGGAUGAACGGAGCGCAGGGAAUGUUGUUGCACGAGUUUCGAAGAUCGAAGGUGGCUAUGGAGGAGCUGAGAGGGGAAUUGGAGAGAAGGGGUUCUCAGGGAGUAGAGUGGGAAAGUGAGGUUGGGAUUAGGGAGAGAGUGGAGAAUCUAAGAGCGUGUUUUGGAGUUCUCAGAUCUGGAACAGAUAACAUCGUUGCCCAGCUUGACGAUUUCUUUGAUGAGAUUGUUGAAGGAAGAAAGAAGCUUUUGGACUUUUGCAGUCAUAGGUAAACUGUAAACAAACAAACUAGUGAGUGAGUGAGUGAGUGAGUGACUUGAGAGAGCGAUGGUGAAAAGAAAGAAAGGAAAUUGGAGGAGAAAUCAGAAAUACCUGUCUGAAAAGAAAAAGAAAAAAGAAAAAAAAAAUAGAAACAAAAACGAGGUAGAGGAACAGUUGAUGGGGUUGUUGUAUCUUUUAUUAACCCUUUUUUUUUAUAAUUAUUAUUAUCACUUGGCGUCUUUUGUUUUGUUUUCUUCAGAGUUACCGUAGUUGAAACUUUGGUGCUACUGCCAAAGUCUUUUUCCCAGCAGAACGAAGGUUCUCAAAUUGAAUUGUGGUUCUGGAUUUGAAAACAACAUUGACAAUGGAUUAAUUAAAUUAAAUUAUCUUCUUUCUUGAGAGCUAAAAUUCUUUGGGAAAGAAACUUUGAUUCCUCCUCUAAUUGCAGCCGCGCAAGAAAAAGACAAAAAAGUAGAAGGGGUAACCAAAAAAGUGAAAAAAAGAAAGAAAAGUAGUAAAGAGAAGCCCCUAUUAUACACGACAUAAGAAGGGGGAACACUGAUGACUACACAGUAUGGGGUUGAUUUUAAGUUGCUUUUGCUUGGCAGUGAUUGAUUUUUCUCUUUAUUAACAUUGAAUUUGAAAGAGUGGCCUCGUGAGUUUUGGCUCAGAAAAUGACUAAUCAUUCAUUCUAGUCCUGAAAGAACAAUGGAAAGGGAGGCUUAGGACUGUGGAGAAAAGAGCACUGUGAGAUUCCUGGACUGCUUUAACGUCAAAGGCAACUUCUUUUGCUCUCGGGAAGCUUUUGUCUGAUUCGGUUCACUUUGAAAGCAAUGGAGAUGAUGAUGAUGAAAACUUCAUCUCACCACAUUCUCCCAUUGCCUGACAAGUCUCUCUCUCUCUCUCUCUCACUCACAAUCUUGUUCUGUUACCAAAUUUUUCAACUUACCCUUUUUGGGGUUUUGGGAUGUUUAAUAUGCCACAAAUAAUUCAGCUGUCACUUUCUCAUCUCUAACCGUAUCUCGUGCUUUUUGUCCCUUGCCGCAAAUUCAUGCCUUGCCUCCUCAUAAGGGUUCCACAUGAGUGAUGCUUUCAAACCAAACAAUAAAAUAAUGCAUUCAAAGUGCAAAAACAGACAAAAAAAAGGAGUGUAAUGUAUUGGAUAGCAUCCAGAAUGCUUGAAGCCAGAAGGGCAGAAAUGGUGUUCAUCAGAGCCUAAAGCAAUGGUGAACAGCUUACUCCCGUUAAAAGUACCAUGGUUAAAAUCGAUAGCUUCUUAUUCUUCAUCACAACAAAUGAUAAACUUUGGUAGAAUAAAUAGGAAGAUGAUAUUCCUGUAUUCUAAUUCACAGCGCAUAUAACCCAUGCAUUAGGCUCGGAACAAGCACGUAAAAAGCAUAUCCAAAUACAAUAAAAUCACUUCAUGUUUACAA